AAUACAGUGGGACAUUGUGCUGAUUCAUCAAUACACAGAUCAGUUAUGAUGCAUCUACAUUUAACAAAGCAAGACAUUCUGAAAUUCUAUUCUGAUACACUAUUGGCACAGAUUGCACACCAACUGAAAGAAAGACAGCACAAAUACAGAUAAAUACAGAUGGGUCUACACAAGAGUAGCUUGAGCCCUAGGUAAAUAUACAUGCCCACUGAUAAACAACUGAAAAUAUCCACUAUAGGUUUUACUGUCAUGACAUCAUCAGUAUGUUGAGACCAAAGCUUCAGAGCCAAGGAUGUUAUCUGCCAUAAGCAUUAUCAGCAAAACCCAGGAUUUGAUCUAUAAACCUGCAACUGGGGAUCAGAAAAAAAUAAAGUGAAAAAUAAUACAUGAAUAUAUAAUGUACUAGAAGUUUUGGUGAUCAUAAAAAGCAUCUGAAAGUUCCUGUGCAAGGCUACUGAUAGUUCAAACUCAGAUUCCUGAUAAGAUUAGAUUGCCCUUCUCCAGCCACCCCAACCCUACCAGUGUUCACCACCUCCUUGCCCAGGGCAUGCUAAGCCUGGGCUCUCAAGUUACCAUAAAGUGAAUCUGUGUCUGAUACAUAAAGAACCAACAUGAAUGUUCAACAGAAAUUUGCAAGAGUGAUCCAGCAACAAAACUGUUGAUAGUAAGAAGUUUCAAAACAACAAAAACACACUUAAGCAGUGAUUUUACAUGUGCCAACAAUAGUCAGCAAACACUAACCUUGUCUGUUCAAAAUGACAUGAGUAACCUACCUAGGUUAGUGAGGUAAAGAAAACAUACCAACAAACCUAACAUACCAACAAAGCUGUAACUGCCUGACUGUCAAAUGACACCUGCAAUGGCCAGCCUCCCCACUACUGUUGAGCACAGUGAGCUGGUGGAGGAGAUGCAGGACAUUGAAAAAAUGCCAGUAGGAGAACGAAUCAAGUUAGCACAGAAGAGGCGGAAACAACAACUGUCUUCCUAUGCCAAGUGGAUCAAGACAGACACAGCGAACAAGCCAGUGAAGCACAAAGCUCGGAAGGGUGUUACUUUUUCAGUUUUGUCCCAGAUGAUGGAAAUAGCAGCCCGGGGCUCCUAUGAAGAAAUGCGUGCUCUGCUCAAGACAGGUAUUGAUCCCAACAUGAAGAAUCAUGAAGGUUUGACAGCACUACAUCAGUGUUGCAUUGAUGGCUCUGUGGAGACAGUAGCACUGCUGCUCAAGUAUGGUGCUGAUGUCAAUGUGACAGAUCGGGACAUGUGGACACCUCUACAUGCAGCAGCUACCUGUGGACACUUUAAGGUGGUGACAAUGCUAGUCAAGGGUGGGGCAGAUGUGACAGCAGUAAAUGGAGAUGGGGACAUGCCCCAUGACAUUACUGAGGAGGAGGUGACUCUGCAGUACCUCAGAAAUGAAAUGAUGAAACGGAAUAUUUCACCAGAUGAUCUGGAUCAGAUACGAAACCAGACCCAUGACCUGCUGCUUCAGGAUGUAGAGGCUGCCCUGGCAAGUGAGGGUGACCUUGACCAGCCAGUCGGUCAAUGUGGGGAGACCUUCCUCCACGUGGCCAUUGCUGAGAGGUACAAUGAUGUUGUGAAGCUCCUGCUGGACAAUGGAGCUUCUGUGACAGUGCAGGAUGGGGAUGGGUGGCAACCAGUGCAUGUGGCAGCUUACUGGUGCAAUGAAGAGGUCUUGGAAAUGUUGGCAGCAGAUCUUAAGGUGGACCUGCGAGCUCAGACCAAUGAUGGGGAGACACCCUAUGAACUGUGUGAGGAUCCUGACCUAAAACAUGAUUUUCUUCACAUCCUAAAGGACCGACAGGAAAGUAGCCACAGUGGUCCAUACCCCUGAGGAAAAUGACAGCCUAACCAAUGUGAGUGGUAGUCACAAUGAGGACAUAAUGGACAGAUCACCGCCACCAACCAUCACUGGGGAUAACGACUCGGUGGACAAUGAUUAUGAUUUGCCCUACCUGCCACUGAAGGAUGCACACCCCAGCGCCCUUAUCAACAUUGACACAGAGCUGCAUUCAGACCGCAGGAGCUCCAUUAAGGGUGUGAAGAAUAAUGUACCUUUUAAGAGGCACAGCAUUGAAAGGAGUAGUAGCAGAGAGAGGCAAGCAGUUGCCAUGGAGGCCAUCAGACCACUACUGCUGCAGAGGACAUCAAAAGAGAACACUGCACCUCUUCCCCCAGUACACUCCCUCUCUCCUGACAGCUACCGUCAGUUCUAUGAGAUGGUCCAUCCUACCCCUGAGGCAUGUGAGGUUAACAUAGAACUGGAGGUACCACAUGAUCCUGCAUCUGACCAUACUCCACAGCCCCCUCACCCUACUGCACACACUCCAGAGCCAGCAACAGAAACUGCAAACUGCAACCCUUCACCAGGUACACCAACUCCAGAGAACUCUGAGGCCAUCACUCUAAGAGUAACCACUGGAAAUGGGACUCCUAAUGACAAUGUGAAAGAGGGAAAGAGAAUGGAGCUAAGGGAAGGGCUGAUGCUGCGGCCCCAAAAGAAGAAUGCUGCCCCACCUCCUCCCCGUGGUUCCCUACAAGACCUGAAGAGACAGCGCCAAGAGGAAAGGGAACACAGACUUCAGCAGGGACAAAGUGACACUGGGGAAAGCAUGCCAUACUCCACCUUUCACCAGGGAAAUGACAGACCCUAUGAGGCACCACCAAGUCCUUCAAUGAUUCGCUACAGAUACAAGAUGGCUCCAGGACCAUGGCAUCAAGCAAACAAUAAUCAAAGAGAAAAAAUGUGUUGUGAUGUGAAAAUUUAGCUCAGGUGAAUUAUCAUUACUUAUAUUACUAUCAAUUCAGCUGUGCUACAUUUUUUUUUUUAUUCAUACAUCAUCUUUGUAUAUUGUACAUCUUCAACUUAACCUCCUAGACAAGAUUUUAAGAUGUGGUAAAGGUAUAACUGAGGAGCUUUUGUCAAUAGUGAAGUAAAUGAAGUUGAAGUGAGGAAGGAGUUAUUGUGUAAAUGUAACUUUACCUCACUGCUGUUCUUGGUAGCAGUAAUUGCCUAUCAGUUCAACUGCAAUUCUGUCAUAUAUGGAAGAAAAAUCUACAUGUACCAUAUUUGAUGAACACCUUUUGAGACCUCACAAAGACAAAGAAACAAACUGAAGCGAAUGUACAUUAGAUUAUUAAAGAAUCAAGUGAUUUGCACCAUACAGUCAUAACCCAACUAGAUAUAUAGUUCACAGCAAUAGGCUCUUGCAAGAUUAACAAAUAACCUAUCACUAUGCCCAUUACUACAACAGUUGUUUCUACUUAAAUGGGUAUUUCUAUCCCAACAGUUGCAUUAAUCUGUUUAUUCAAUCAUCCAGUUUAUACCUGAAUACAUGUAAGAAAAAAGAAAAAUAUUAAAAUAAAUAAGUCA